AUGCGUGUACACCAGGCGUUCAGCAUGCCGGCUACCACCUGCCUCAUCGAUCCACGUCUCGUCUUCGCUGGAGCCUCGGCAACCAACCUUUCAGCAAGUCUUCAUCAUCAUCUCGACAUCCAACCGUCCGACUCGGCCGCGUCGACAAUGUCGACAAGCUCGACGCCGCCGUCGCCGCCGACGACGACACCCGACAACACUUUAACUAAUGACCUAGUUGCUACUGUCGCUAUGGCAACGGCAAAUGAGGUCAACGCCGAGACAGUGUCUGAGGUGGGCUCGAGCGGUCGUGCCGACUUGGCGCCGGACAUCGUCCGCCUGGCGACUGGGCGGCUCGAGCCACCCAGUUGCGUUUAUCGCGUGGAGACGUACUACACCGGCGCCUGCAACAGUUGCCCCUCCUCCCCGGGCGCCGGCCUCUCCAGUCUCCAGGCCCACUUUUCUCCGCCCCUUCAGCCGGCCUACGCAACCGUCGCGGCUCAGGCCGCCUCCGAACGGCACCCGAGCCUCGAGCCGGUCUCGUCGCACCGCUACCCACCCGGCCUGCCGCCACACCCCCACCCACACGCCCCACUUCCGCCCCACCCUCUGGCGCAACAGCACCAACAUCAACAUCAACACCAACACCAACAACCUCAGCCGCAUCAGCAACAGAAUACUCUUGUCCACCAUCAACAAAUGCACCUAAACCACCACUCACACCAACUUCAUCAUAAUCAUCAUCACCAUCAACAACAACAGCAUCAACAACACCAACAACAACACGAGGCUUGUGAUGAAAGGCGGCCGGAGAAGGUCGACUUGCUGGUCGGCGGGGAAGUGUUCGCC